UCCCUGCAGGCUGCGUUGCUAUUUAUAGGAUCAAUAUUUGCAUAUUUUCCAGGAAUAGAAGCAGAUACUCCAAACACAGUGGCCUAUUCGUCUGUUUUUGUUAGUGUUGUUUCACUAAUCAUUGGGAAUAUAGGCAGAAGACGCAGUCGACCUGGUUUAUUGAGAUUUUAUGCUAUCGUAUCCUCCAUUGCAAUGCUUCUCUUGGAUGUUUCUCUUGCAAAGAAACAUCUGCUGCUAAAGGCCAUCCAGGAUUCUAAACUUUGGAGAGCAGGGAAGUAUGAUGUCAAUGAUCUAUCUCAUUUUCAAAUUGGCUUGGUGUUAUAUCUAGUCACCUUAUCUGUGCUCAAGCUUUGUACUGUCAAAGCAGUUGUUUCACUUCUUUUUAACAUGGCUCCACCCAAGAAAACCUCUUAGCCCCAUCAACUGUUAUUUGGGGUCUAAAUCCAAUUUUCUGUCAUUGAUCUUUAUGUGACUAUCUUUUCUGAGAGAUGUUGAGGUCAGCUGAGAGAUAUUACUGAACAUUUUUAAGACGUUUGUUAACUAUAUAGUAUUUUCUGAUAGUGUUUAUUUGUUUUGA